AUGGAAGCACCUCAGCUCGAGAAUUGCUGACGACCUGCAAUCAGGGGGCGACUGUGGAGCAGGGUACUGGGUACCGGCCAUUGGCCACCUAUCUCUCUUCGCAAAUGGCUAGGGCGAUGGCGUUCUGGUUUCUGGUCUUACUUCUGGUGACCUUAAAUCCGACCUGGCUCACCUGGAGCGGAGGGGCCGCCAAAGCCACUUCCGCAUCGACGUUCCAGUUUCUAGAGCGACCCAACGCCGAGCGCGAUCGGAGCUGGUCCCACCUCCUUCCCACAAACUUCUACUCGGAGAUGAACCAGCAGUACUACAGGAGGUUUCGACGACAGACUGGCAUGAUGAACCGACUUGGAUCGGGUCAACUUUGGCGGUUCCCUUUUGAGAACGACCGAUAUGUAUAAAAUAAAUGCAACCAAAGAAUCGAUUUGUUUUCAUUGAUUCAAUGGCAAAAGGCAAAUCAGGGUCUCAACAUGUCCAAACAGUUCCAAAAAAAAUCAGAAACCACCGCAAAAGGGAGGGAAUUUUAAAAGUAAAAAUUAAAUAAGUCAUAUAACUUUCUCCACAGUCUAAGAAAUCCAAUUUUCAACUACAUAUGUACAACUUUUUUCCAAAUACAGACGAUGUUUUUAUAUCAGAAGUUC